AUGGGUUUUGAGUGGUGGAGAUCCCUGCAGCAUCAACUGUCAAGCGCUCUCUGGGAUCAGGGAGGCAGACUUGGGAUUCGAGCCGCCCAGCGCGCAGGAGCGGUGAACAGAAUACGCAACUUGCCCGAUCAGGAAUAUGGAGCGUUACGGUCUUCCACUUUGCCUGGGAUACUCUGGGUCUGCUGUGCCUGUACAGGCGCCAGUCCCCGGUACUGUGAUUCUCAGCCCUAUGUUUCUCAUGCCACGACCCCCUUAACCGCACGCACUGAACCUCUGAACCGCCCCCACUACCCCCGCUAG